CAGUGCUGGUCAGGGCUGCUCUCUCCAGGGAGGAGGGACGCAACUGGUAUUUUUUCCCCCUCUCUCUCUUCACACUGUCUGUCUAACCGCCCAGCACUCAACAGAAGACGACAUAUAGUCGGUGAGCGGUUAACUAGCGGAUAUAGUCGGGAUGGAUGGACAAAGUCAGCAGGUUUCGCCGUGAGCCUGGCGUUAAUGUGAACGUCCUGAGCAGCAGGUGUAACUGAAGGAUAAAAGCUGACUAAAGGCAAUCUCAGUGUUCAUGAAACUUUGCUACGAUUUACGUGCUGGGGUUGCCGUCCGCCAUGUUAAGGUAAAGCCCAGGUGUGCGGUGUUGACCAUGCUAAAGCGCCUGGACAAGAUCCGCUUCCGAGGCCCCAGGACGAGAGAGGAUUUCCCGGAUCUGGCCGAGUCGCCACCCGCCUCCGACACCGAAUGUAGCGACGACAUGCAGCUGAAGCCCAGAGCAGCUUCUCGAGACACAGAGGAACUCCUGCGAGACCCUGCAGGUUCGGGGUCUCCUACCAUGGCUGCGGCCAUCCAGGACUUCCAGAGAUCGGAGUCAGACCGACUCAACGAAGUCAAAGGUCACCUGGAAAUUGCCUUAUUGGAGAAACAUUUCCUACAGGAGGAGCUGAGGAAGCUGCGGGAAGAGACGAAUGUGGACUCUUUGCGGCAGGAGCUGGAGAGAGAGCGAAGCAAGCGGCUAGACCUGGAGCAGAAGAUGAAUGAGGUGCUCAAGUCCAGGCUGGAGGACUCUCCGCCACAACCUCCCCGAAAACAGCAGUCGCCCUCUAACAAUGGAACAGCAGAGAAGCAGCAGCAGCAGAAGGAGGUAUGGAGUUCGCGGCUGCAGAAGUGGCUGUACGAGCGUUUCGGGGUUUACAUCGAAGACUUCCGCUUCCAGCCGGAGGAAAGCACCGUUGAGGCAGAGGAACCGCUAAGUGCUAAAAGGUUGACAGAAAAUAUGAGGCGACUCAAGCGAGGAGCCAGACCUGUCACCAACUUCUUAAGGAACCUCUCCGCCUUAUCUAAUUGGCACUCCGUCUACACCUCAGCUAUUGCCUUCAUUAUCUACAUGAAUGCUGCUUGGCAUGGCUGGGCCAUUCCCAUGUUACUCUUCCUGGCUAUCCUGCGCUUGUCCUUAAAUUACCUCAUCGCCAGAGGUUGGAGGAUCCAGUGGAGCAUUGUGCCUGAGGUCUCGGAGCCCAUGGAGCCUUCAAAGGAAGACUUGACUGUAUCUGAGAAGUUCCAGCUUGUACUUGAUGUUGCACAAAAAGCACAGAACCUUUUCGGUAAGAUGGCGGAUGUGUUAGAGAAGAUAAAGAACCUCUUCAUGUGGGUGCAGCCAGAGAGCACUCGGAAACUUUACAUCUGCCUGUGGGUGGCUUUCAUCACCUCCUGCGUCCUGCCAUACAAACUGAUGGGCUUCAUGAUGGGCCUGUACGCCGGCAUCAAGUUCUUCAUCAUAGACUUCCUGUUUAAGAGCUGUCCGAAGCUGCGGGACAAGUACGACACGCCCCACAUCGUGUGGAACAGCCUCCCCACCGACCCCCAGCUCAAAGAGAGGACCAACGCCACUGUGUCACGGCGGGUUCAGCCGGUGGCGUCUCGGAGCAGCCUCGCCACCGUGCCGUGCGGGGUGAGCAGAGAGGAGGAGGCGGGUCGCUUCCACAGCACCAAGAAGGGAGCCUUUCACGAGGUCUUCAAUCUGUCGGAGUCGGAGCGCCCUCUGGCGGUAUGUGAGAACGGCUGGAGGUGUUGCCUGAUAAACAGAGACAGAAAGAUGCCCACCGACUACAUCAGGAACGGGAUGCUUUACGUCACAGAGAAUUACUUGUGCUUCGAGAGCUCCAGCUCACGAUCCGGCUCCUCCAAGAAGAAUAAAGUUAUCAAGCUGGUGGACAUCACUGACAUACAAAAGUACAAAGUGCUUUCAGUCCUACCAGGAAGUGGGAUGGGCAUCUCUAUAGCGACUCCUUCUACUCAGAAGCCACUGGUGUUCGGUGCCAUGAUCCACAGAGACGAGGCUUUCGAGGCCAUCUUCACCCAGUACAUGAAGAUCAUGACCACCACCAAACCACCGGCCAACGCAGAGCUCUAGACAGCCUUCGUCUUAAGCAACACAUCUCAAAUCUGGGGGGCAGAGAGCCUCCUUGAGUUUCAACUGGACCGGAAGAUACUUUGAAACACCACACUCCUCCUCCUUCUUGCGACGGGCCUCAGCUUCCUCAUCGACGCUCAUAGCCCAGCUUUUUGAUUGAUGGAUUCCCUGUUUAGGCCACGUCGGAGGGGGGAUAUGUGGGCGCAUCAGCUACACGUGUAGUUGGGAUUUAGUGAUGACACACUUCUUGCGGGCUGCCGGGGGGAAAAAAACGGGACAAAAUCCACCAACUGGUUCUAGGAGGAGCGAGGAUCGGUGUGGUUUUUAUCAAUCAAGCGAUGAAGGCCUGCAAGGGCGGUAGGGGCUGGUUCCCCUUUCCCACCUGACUGACCAACUGACUGGCUUCCUGAUGUAGUCGUUUCCGUGUUUGCAUGUGUGAGCGUGUGUAUGUGUGGGCAGAAAAAUUGUCUUAAAAGUUAUGUCAAGUAUCUCUUUUUUCUCUUUACUCGUCAGUCGGUGAAGAGACUUCUGCUGCGGUAGGAAGAAUUCAAGAAGUGCUCAUACAUAAAAACAACUAUAUAAGUAAAAAAAACUAAACAAUAUCAUAAAACACCUGGAAGAUAUUUAAAAAAAGGUUCUUUAGGCUGCCAGACAUCUGUAGAAACCAAUAUGUAAGUUUAGCUUUAUAAAUCACUGCGAAAACAACUGUCAGUGUUGAAUUUUUUAGAAGCUGGCCGAUUGGUGCCUAGCCCAACAAAAUUAUAGUCGUGUGAGCAGUCAGUGAUUGUGUAUUAGCUGUGAACAUGUCAGAUCACUUUUUAUCUGACACAAAGCCUUUCUGUUAGUUUACAUUGCUGCUGUCUAAUAUUUUGAGUUUUUUCCUUCUUUAUAGACAGACACAUCUCAGCAGCAACAGUACGUUCUUUGUCUCUCUUUUUUUUUUGUUGUCUCGUUAACAGAAAAUCUGCCGCGCUCAGCAUCCGCUUCGGUGUUUGUAAGUGUGCGUAACGUGUAGUGAAAUCUUCUCUUCUUUUUUUUUUUUCUUCAGAAAUGCCUUUCUUUUCGUCGUCUUUUCGUAACAGCCUUUUGGGAUGAGCAACCUGUCCGGGAGCUGCUGAUUGUGUCAGAAACGAGAGCACAAGCACUGUUAAGACGGUUUAAACACUGACUGCCAUGUAGAGUAGAGUUUCAAGCACCAAGGAGAACACAACCUCCCCUGUCUAAGUUUUUCAUUUAAAGGCACAAUCUGUAAAUAUAUAGAGAAAAUUAUUUUGUUUGUUUUCCAUCAGCGGUAUUCUCCCCUGCACUUUAUUAGAAAGUUAACUGGCAUUCCUGACAUUUAUGUUGUCGUUAAAAAAAAAACAACUAAAAAAACAAAAAGCUCAUUACUUCCCACCAGUUACACCCAAUGGUAUUUCACACAUCUGUCUACUUGAGCCAGCUCAGGUUCUUUUCCCUGCUGGUGUUAGCGCAACGCGGCGCAGCACAAAGCACAUUGUAUUAGUAAAAGGUUGACGUCUGCCACAGGGAAGAUAGUUUCAUGAGCCAGGCAAUUUUCAAGCUGACCAUAAAAAGAAGAAGGUACUUGGACUUGAAAAUGAAACAACUGGCCGACCAUGUUCACAUCACAGCUCACGAAGGGCCCCUCACACGAUAGUGUUGCCGCAUUUCCGAGUUUGACGUAUAAAUCCAGCCCUGCUAACAAAGGAGAAAAUCAUAUUCACUUUCUGACACGCCUAAUAAGGGUUUUUUUGUUGUUUCUGCUUUACUUUUACUGUAGCACCACGCCACAGUGAGUAGAGAUCGACUUCUUCUGGGUGCUCUUCCACUUCCAUCAUCUAAAUGUGUGCUUUUUUUUCUCCGUCUGUUUGGGGUUUUUUUUUCAACAGUAAAGUCUGUGAAGUAAAUGGAUAAAAGUCUGAACAGGAUCUUUCAACGUCACUUUAUUUUAAGACACCAUUGGCAAGAUUAAAGCUGGUAUUUACUCUCGCCGGGUGGUUUGAUAUGUAGAAAUAUAAUGCCAAACUACGUCAGACACUUUAAUGUGUUUUUUGUGAGAUGAAUGGAGACACGCGGGGGCUGUGGAGGUGACGAUUUCUCUUCAGAUUUCUAACGAGAGACAGUAGAGUAGCUAUGUUCUUUACGCCCAGCAGCACAAGCUUUAGUUUCCUUGUAAAUCUUAUAAAAACGCUGUUUAAAAGGAGAAAAAAAGGGAGACCUUGACAUUUAAACAUUUUUACUUUUAUUCAGGUAGUUUUUACUCACUGGCUACUUGUUUGUAGUUGAACAAUCCUUUAUCCUGCUUCCCCUUCAAGAACACCAGGUUAAAACGAUAAAUCAGACUUAAAAUGUCAAGGUUUCUCUCCAAGUCUAUACAAAUCCUCUUGUCAUCAUUAUCAAUUAGAAUCAACUGGACUGGAUAUGAAAUUGCCAGCGAUGCAACGGACCAGUUCAUAAUUAUUCUUUUUAGUUCAAAACUCACAAAGAAUGAAUGUUUUUUUUUUCAUUCGUAAGAUUUUUCUCGGGUCUGUUUAUUGACAGGCUGCCUUCCCAGAAGUGGAUUUCUAUUUUUGUUUAGGAAUAAAUCGGAUCCAUGAACGGGUAAAAUUGUCGGAUAUUGGAGCGGGUGAAGUCAGUAAAAAGUCAUUAACGCUGUCUCACUGUGUGAUUGGAUGGCUCAUGUUAGUCUUAAAAGCUUUUUACCUGAAGCCUUUUCUAAUCUGUUAACUUCUGAAAAUCAGCUCAGUAACGAGUCUGCGUUCAGAUAAAACACAGAAUGUAUCACGUUCUAAAUGUCUAAUACUUUUUUUUUCUUUUGCCAAAUUUUUAAUUUUUCUGUCUGCCAUAUUCUGCCUAAGCUCAUGUUUACAGAAGGUUGUAAAAAUUGUUUUUUUUUGUUGUUUUUUCCUCUUUUUUUUUUUUGUAACAACCCAGUUUGAAUUCCUUUUCACUUUGGAGUUAUGAAGACUGGACAUGCUGUUGUUGAAAUAAUGUCUCCGCUCUCAUUGGCUCCACACCACUCACAUGACUAUCUCUGCUCACCUUUUUAACCAAUAGUCAUCUCAGAACACAACAAAAGCAGUAUUUGAACCCUCAUCCGGCUUGUAAACGCUCAUAUCCAGCAUCACAGUACUUGGUUACAGUGUAGUGAAAGUUCCAGUCUCGCACCAUACUGACAGGCUUCAUACAGAGCAGAGAUGGUCAUGGACCACAACGGCAACAUCAAUGUUUUUGACAUGUAGUUCCUUUUUUUAGUUGUGACAUGAUGCACCUUUUCAGAGAGUUAUUGAGAUAUGAAUGAAAUAAAAUAUGUGCACUCAUAAUACUGUAAGGCACUUAUUAGAGAAGCAUCCAGAAAAAUGCUCAAAGGGAUGGUUCAACGUUUUACGAAAUGCACUUAUUCGCUUCAUUGCUGAAAAGCAGAUAAAAGGAGUGACACCACUCAUGUACAGUACAGAAUGAGUUAGAUUUAUUCUGCUUGUUUCCUGUCACUGUGCUAAACUAAACUUACCAGCUGAUGGUGGUAGCUUCAUAUUUACAAUAGUGUUGGAAAUAGAAAUCACAGCUGAUCCAAAUCAUUUCGUUCACUUCAAAGAUUUGUAAUCUGUUCAGGUAUUUUAUAAUUAAGCAACAAAUCACGUUGUCGUUUGCUUGUAGAUAUUAAAACACCAAAGUUAAAACAAUUACAAAAAAAAACUACAGCUCCCAUACACAACUUGGUUUAUUCCAUAUCUUAAUAUUCACAAACACUUUCCUAACUUCAUUUUUCCAACUUCUUAGCUGUAAUCUUUGCUAUGUAAAAACCUGUUAGGGUCUCCUCCCUCCUGCUGUUGUUACAGACAUGUCUGAACUACCCUCCACUCGCCCAUGUGGAAUUAACUUUAUUGCCAUUAUAACAAAUGAUAUUAGGAAUUUGGACUAGCCUGUUUAGUCCAGCCUGGACAUUUAAACCUUAUAGGAAAUAGUGUGUGUUCAAGGCUGCUUAAAACUUAAAUACUGAGUAAACAAAUAAGUAAUGUGUCCUUAUCUGAGUUCGGUAAAGUUAUGUUUCAAAACUUGAUUUUUAAUUAUUUGCAUCAUUACAAAUGUCAGGGUGAUUCUUAAUGAGGUUUUAUUACACCGACAGUCGGCACCAUUUCUCACUGUCUUCAAUUCAGCCGGUUCAACCUGUCACAUUGAGAGCAGUAUAAUUAGGCCUUUUACAGUCAUUGUGAAUAAGGUUAACCACUCAGCAGUCACCUGUUUGCAACUGAGACUUGACCGUACAUGCAUACACAGAAGCCAAUUUCCCAAAAUGUCUAACAAAUCGCCCUUUAAUGUAAUGAAUUAGAUGCACAUACUGACUGCCAUGCUGUGCAGAGGAUACACAACAACAGGGACCUUGUCAAAAACAGUGGUGUUGCCUUCUGAAGGUCCCCUCUACUGAAGCUGGUGUCCUCACUGUUGUAUUAAAUAUGUGGUUCCUCUAACUGAGUGUAAAUGUUAAUUAAGGAAUUUUCCAAAAGCAUUUCAAUGUAUUAGUGAUCCAUGUUGAAUGUACAGUACUAACUGUACUAUUUUAGACAGUUGACUAAUGAAUGAUGCUGUCUCAUGGCUGCAAACAGCUAUAAUGUGACAUCAUCACAAUAUGGCUUACAUUUAAAAAAAAAAAAAAAAAAAAAAAAAGGUCAAAUAAAUGAAGAAGUUUCAGUCCUGUUUUAUGGACGGAGGCAGUACUUGUAACAUUUGCUCCAGUCAGUGAACGGCACAUUAAAGCCCAGGUGCUGGUGGGGAGACGAGCCCACAGCAUUCACUGCAAGGAAACACUGCAGUAAUUACAGUAAUGUGUCAUCUGUGACAGUCGCUACAGUGACUUCUCUUUCUUUUUUUUCUCAAAGAGGAAUUUGUAUACAAAUUAUUGAAAUGUACAGUGACGUAAACGAAAACCACCGAGUUUUUAAAAGACAUGUCUAUUGUAAAGGAUAAUGUGAUGUACAUUUUUUUAAUUUAAGUAAAUGAAUUU